AUGUAUAAUCCACACACUCCAUAUCACAAAUACCAUCAUCUGGGAGACCUUAUGGUUGGUGGCAUUGUUUCACAGGCUGCAAUUGUCUUCAAACAAAUCAGUUUAACCAAACCUCCCCCAUCAGCAAUGCCUGGAGAUUUUAUCCCCGUUGCUAAGAAUUACCAACACAUCCUGGCUAUGGCAUUUGCUAUAAAGGAGAUAAAUGAAAACCUUCAAAUCUUACCCAAUCUCACCUUGGGUUUCCAUAUUUAUGAUAGCUAUGACAAUGCUCAAAGGACUUACCAGGCUACAAUGCUGUUUCUUUCAUCAGUGGAGAGACUGAUUCCCAAUUACAGCUGCAAUAUCCAUAAUAAUUUAGUAUCUGUUGUUGGGGGAUUAGAUGCUGAAAUCUCUCUUCAUGUCUCCACCAUGUUGGAUAUCUAUAAAAUUCCACAGCUUAUUUAUGGUUCGGCUCCUUUGAUGAACGAAAAAUCUCCAGAGCUCACUUUUUACCAGAUGGUUCCCCCAGAUCCACUUCAGUAUGCAGGAAUUGUCUCACUGCUCCUACAUUUUAGGUGGACGUGGAUUGGGAUCCUUAUCAUGGACGAUGACCAAAGCGAAAAAUUUGUACAAACUGUGAUUCCAGUUUUUUCCAAAAGAGGAAUUUGUUAUGCUUUCAUUGAAAAAAUUGGUAAAUUUAGUGAUAUAGAUGGACUUUAUCACAUGCUUCAGAAAGGAGUAAAAAUAUAUGAUCAAGUCAUGGGUAGUAAAGCCAAUGCAUUUGUGAUCUAUGGGGAAUCCUUCACCAUGAUAUUUUUGAGAUGGUUGCAAUAUAUACCAAGUAUAGAAAAGACAAGAACUAGACCAAAAGGUAUUGUGUGGAUAAUGACAGCCCAGAUAGCGCUGACUUCCUCAGCAUUUCAACGCUCCUGGAGUACGGAAAUAAUCCAUGGUGCUCUCUCCUUCUCAAUGCCCUCUGCUUAUCUACCAGAGUUUCGGUCAUUUGUUGCAAAACAAAAUCCCAUCUUCAGUAGAAAGGAAAAUGGGUUUAUCAGUCAGUUUUGGCAAGAUGCUUUUAACUGUGUGUUCUCAGAUGAAGUUGUGAGUGAUGUGUCUGGAGGCAUUUGUACUGGGACAGAGAAUCUGAAAAGCCUUCCUGCCCCUAUUUUUGAAAUAGACAUGACCGGCCAUAGCUACAGUAUCUACAAUGGUAUUUAUGCAAUAGCUCAUGCUUUCCAUGCCAUAUCCACAUCUAGAUAUAAACACAGAGCAAUGGGGGUCAGAAGAGGAGAAAAAAACCAUAGACAAGAUAUCAUACAGGUAAUACAGGUAUUACAGAUUAUCAAUAUCCUCAUUUGCCAGAUCACCAUCCAUCUAAGUAUAUUGCUUCAUUACUUUCUAAGAAGAGUCUCUUUUAACAAUAGUGCUGGGGACCAAAUCUCCUUUGACCAAAAUGGCAUAAUAAGAGCUGGCUUUGAUAUUAUCAACUGGAUUGCUUUCCCAAACAAAUCAUUUCUUCGUGUAAAAGUUGGGAAGAUGGAUCACCUAACUCCUCCAGAUCAAGGUUUAAGUAUCAAUGAUGACCUCAUUACAUGGCACAUUUUGUUCAACCAGGUGCAGCCUAUUUCUAUCUGUACUGAGAGUUGUUAUUCAGGUUCCAGCAAGAAAGUCAAGGAAGGACAGCCAUUUUGCUGCUAUGAUUGCAUCCCAUGCCCAGACGGGAGCAUUUCAACUGAGAAAGACAAAAAUGAAUGUGUUAGAUGCAAAGAUGACUAUUACUCCAACACAAGAAAAGACUUCUGUAUUCCCAAAAUUGUCAGUUUCUUAACGUACAAAGAACCUUUAGGGCUGAGUUUAGCCUGUCUUGCACAUUCUUUUUCCCUAGUCACAGUUCUUGUGCUAGGCAUAUUUGUGAAGAACCACAAUACUCCCAUCGUCAUAGCCAACAACCGGGAUCUGACCUACAUCCUCCUCAUCUCUCUCCUGCUCUGCUUCCUUUCUGCACUCCUAUUCAUUGGCCAGCCUGGAAAAGUGACCUGUUUUUUGCAACAAACAACUUUUGGAAUGGUCUUCUCAGUGGCUGUUUCUUCUAUCUUGGCAAAAACCAUCACGGUGAUUCUAGCAUUUAUGGCUACCAAACCAGGUUCCAGAAUGAGGAAGUGGGUGGGAAAGAAAUUAACCAAUUCCAUUGUUUUUUCCUGCUCCCUGAUCCAAGCAAACAUCUGUAUUUUGUGGCUGUCAAUGGCUCCCCCUUUCCCAGAUAUUGAUAUGGUCUCAGUGCCUGAAGAAAUUGUACUACAAUGUAAUGAAGGUUCUGUGAUCAUGUUUUAUUGUGUCCUUGGCUAUAUGGGUUUCCUAGCUCUCAUCAGCUUCACAACAGCUUUUCUUACUAGGAAGUUACCAGACAGUUUCAACGAAGCUAAGUUCAUCACCUUCAGCAUGUUGAUCUUUUGCAGUGUUUGGUUGUCUUUUGUCCCAGCAUACUUGAGCUCCAAAGGGAAAUACAUGGUGGCAGUGAAGAUCUUUUCCAUCUUAGCCUCUGGUGCUGGGCUUCUAAGUUGCAUUUUUUUCCCUAAAUGCUAUGUUAUUGUGUUACGACCAGAGCUGAAUAACAGAGAACAACUAAUUAGAAGAAAAGAAUGA